CGUCGACACAAGAUGACGGGGCUCACGUUGUACGUUCAGGUCGGGUUCGCGCCCAGCCGAGCCUUCGCGUUCCAAGAUGACAGGCUCGCCACGCUGCGGGAGUCCGUAGGCAUGCGCGACAGGCAUUUGGACUAAACACAAACUGAAGCCUUACGAUUUCUGGCGGGUGUGCGCUUUCGCCGAGUCUCGGGCUAUUCACGGACCAGUCUCCUCGUCCCCUUCUCCCCACUCUGAAAGCUAAGCAUCAGCUUACUGUUGGCAGGUCCCUGGGCAAACAGCGUGUGAGAUGGGACGGACAUCGAAGGACAAGCGGGAUGUCUACUACCGCCUGGCCAAGGAGAAUGGCUGGCGUGCCCGCAGUGCCUUCAAGCUGCUACAACUUGACGAGGAAUUCCACCUCUUCCAAGGCGUGACACGGGCAGUUGACCUGUGCGCAGCCCCAGGCAGCUGGAGCCAGGUGCUGAGUCAGAAAAUUGGGGGCCAGGGUUCCGGCCAUGUGGUGGCUGUGGACCUUCAGGCUAUGGCUCCGUUACCAGGUGUGUUACAGAUCCAAGGGGACAUCACCCAGCUGUCCACUGCCAAGGAGAUCAUCCAGCACUUUGAGGGCUGCCCAGCGGACCUAGUGGUGUGUGACGGGGCUCCUGAUGUAACUGGCCUCCAUGAUGUUGAUGAAUAUAUGCAGGCCCAGCUCCUCCUAGCCGCUCUGAAUAUUGCUACACAUGUCUUGAAGCCAGGGGGAUGCUUUGUAGCCAAGAUCUUCCGAGGCCGGGAUGUGACCCUGAUCUACAGCCAGCUGCGAGUCUUCUUCUCUAAUGUGCUCUGUGCUAAGCCCAGGAGCAGCCGCAACUCCAGCAUAGAGGCCUUCGCUGUCUGUCAGGGUUAUGACCCCCCUGAAGGCUUCCUUCCAGACCUGACCAAACCCCUGCUGGACCAUUCGUACGAUCCAGAUUUCAACCAAUUAGAUGGUCCCACUCGCAUCAUUGUGCCAUUUGUGACCUGUGGAGACCUGAGCUCCUAUGAUUCAGACCGCAGUUACCCACUGGACCUAGAGGACGGCUCAGAAUAUAAGUACACUCCACCCACGCAGCCCCCCAUCUCGCCACCGUACCAGGAGGCCUGCACGUUGAAGAAGAAGGGGCGGCUGGCCAAGGAGCUCCGCCCCCAGGACUGUCCCAUCAGCACAGUGGACACGCUGUCCCAGCCCCUGGCGGCCCCACAGCGCCACACCCUGCUGGCCCCUGAGGUCCGGAAACCUGUGGCCCAGGGCCCUCUGUGCAUUUUCUCUGAGCCCACAGUGGAAGACAGUGAAAUGAAUUGUUCGCCUUAAUACACUCAGGUAGCUGGCAGUCUGCUACAACCCAGAAGCUGUUUGGCGGCAGGAAAACAAAAGAACUUACGUUGAUGAACUGGUUUUCAAAUAUCUCAUCAACGGGUCCUGAACAUUCAAGCCCUGAGUGGUAACCCACAACAACUAGCAGGAGCCCAGCAAGGAAAGCAACAGCACAGUAUGCCUGUCUACACCACGGAGGGGAUUUUUGAGCGAGGCCUUGCCUCCUUUCUAAAUCUUUCCAGAGGUGUCCUGAUUAUUUCUAGAGUUUACCCCCAAAGUAGGGGUUCUUCACCGUAUAGAAAUCAGGGGUAUCUGUGAACCUGAUGGAGGAAAAUCUUACAUCUUUAUUUUCACUAAUAUAACUGAAAUUUCACUAAUAUAACUAAAAUUUAGCUUUACUCCCCAAUAGGAAUGCUGGCAACAAAUCACAAUAGUAAAAGCAGUGCCUGUUACCUUCCCACCAAUACAAAUUAGUUACUUUUUACGUACAUUACAGUUUUUGCAGGCAUCUUAAGAUGCUGUUCACGCUUGGCACUACUUUGACUUACAGAAGAUCUUAUAAUUUGAUGUACUAAUUAAAAAAGUCCAUAUAUUACUGUA